UCCGGAAGUGGGGCCAGAGCGGCAGCCGGGGGUAGGGGCGCCGGCUACCCGGCCCGGGACGGCUCCGGUGCUGCCCGGGCGGGCCGCAUGGCUUCGGCGCUGGCCCUCAGGCUGUUCACGGGGCUGGCGGCUGCGGCGCUGGCGGCGGUGCUCUUGGAGCACUACGGCCUGGCCGGGCCGCCCUCGCCGCCGCCGCCGCCCCGCGCCCCGUGGAACCCGCAGCCCGCGCCGGGCUCGGAAAGCAGCAACAUCUUCUGGGGUCUGCAGAUAUCCGACAUUCACCUGAGCAAGUUUUACGGCCGAAGCAGAGCUAUAGACUUAGAGAAGUUCUGUUCUGAAAACAUUGACGUUAUUCGGCCAGCUCUUGUGCUAGCAACAGGAGAUCUAACAGAUGCCAAAACAAAGGAAACUUUGGGAUCCACACAGCAAGAGGAAGAAUGGCAAACUUAUGACAGUAUUCUGAAGAAGACACGGGUCAUGGAAAAAACCAUUUGGCUCGAUAUCAAGGGAAAUCAUGAUACAUUCAACAUUCCAAGUCUGGACAGUGUUGAGAAUUAUUACAGGAAAUAUUCUGCUUUACGGAGGGAUGGUUCUUUUCAUUAUGUCUAUAGAACUUCCUUUGGAAAUUAUUCUUUCAUCUCUUUGGAUGCCACCCCAAACCCAGGGCCUAAGAGACCCUAUAAUUUCUUUGGAAUCGUAGAUGAGGAAAAGAUGAGGGAACUUUCAUUACUGGCCAAGGAAAGUACUCAGAGUAACCACAGUAUUUGGUUUGGACACUAUACGACAUCAACCAUCCUUUCUCCAUCACCAGGAAUUCGAUCAAUUAUGAGUUCAGCGACAGCUUAUUUUUGUGGGCACCUUCAUACGCUUGGUGGAUUUAUGCCUGUUUUGCACACGCGUCACAUCCAGGGUACCAUGGAACUGGAGUUGGGAGACUGGAAGAAUAAUAGAAGGUACCGGAUCUUUGCUUUUGAUCAUGACCUCUUUAGCUUUGCAGAUUUGACCUUUGGUGAAUGGCCUGUGGUUCUUAUCACCAAUCCUAAGUCCCUCCUCUAUAGUUGUGCUAAACAUGAACCAUUAGAGAGACUUCUUCAUUCAACACAUAUCAGAAUUUUGGCGUUUUCCUUAUCCUCUAUUGCUUCUGUCAUAGUUAAGAUUGAUGGAGUUCUUUUAGGGCAAGCAAUUCAUUUGUCUGGUCCUAUUUUCAUACUGAAAUGGAAUCCAGAAAACUACAGUCAUAGCUCUCACAACAUAGAAGUAAUUGUCCAGGAUUCUGCAGGAAGAAGUAAAAGUGUUCAACAUGUAUUUUCUAUUCAAGAGAAUAUACAUCUCAAAUUUAAUCCCAUAGCAUCAUUUAUUCUCCUUACUGAUCACUACAUUGUGGCCCGGGUUGUUUUUGUGAUGAUUGUGCUGAUUCAGCUCACCGUUGUCAUUGCUUUUAGGUACAGAGGAUAUGCAGAGCAUAAAGGACCUCCAGGAUUUCUAAAUUUGACCUCAUUUUCCCUUCAUGUGUUGAGCAAAUUAAACAUCUUCUACUAUUCGGUGUUGUUGUUGACCCUCUAUACAGUGCUGGGACCGUGGUUUGUAGGUGAAAUCACUAAAGGCAAAUACGGUUGCUGCUUUUCCUUUGGAAUCUAUGUGGAUGGGCAUUUUCUACAAGGCAGUUCAACAUUUGUAAUUGGAAUUCUCCAGCUGGUGUUUUUCAACAUCCCCCUCAUGGCUUACUUGUGUUGGAGUUUGCUGCAUCGGUGCUUUGGCCACAGCUUCAGGUCUCAUCUCCAAGGCAAACGCUUGCGAAUUCUACCUGUUCACCUAUGUAUGUUACUGCUCUACCUCUGGCAGAUUUAUUCCUGCUUCUUUCUUCACUUCACAUAUGGCACUGUAGCCUUUCUGUUGUCCCCUUUACGGACCUGGUUGACUCUGCUGACACCUGUCCUCGUUCGUUGUGCGUGGACACGGAACUCCAACGAGCUUGGAACCUUCAUAGGGCAAUUAAAAAGCCAAAUGAGCUACUGAAGGUCCUGUCUCGCAACGGGCCCGGCUGCAGCGCCCAGGCCCUGCCCCAGCUGGAGGCUGAAGGCCACCCUCCACGGGCGACCUUCACGGAACAGCCGCGUCUUGGACGCCCGGGAGCUGGGGGUGGGGGUGAGGGGGGUCCUCACGACUGAUUCCUGCAGAAUGGACUGCCGAAGUCUCAAUAAUGUCAUGAUUCCUGCCUUGUCCAAGAAGGAAAAGUGUUGAUUGACUUUCCUGAAGUGAAAGCUCUGAUCCGGGCCUUUCACUGGGGCGUUUCACGGGACGUUUCCGGGUUUACCUCGAGCAAAGUAUCUAAUCGUUGUCAGGGGUGCCAUUUCAGGAACAGGGAGCUACUGUGGUCUUGGGCCUAACCUGGCUGUUCUUGUGAUAUUCGCUCACAGAGCCGUUUUCCCACGUGUUUAUGGGCUUUCAGCUUGCGAGUAAAUAAA